UUCUAAACUUCACACAGUCUCUCUCGUUACUCCUCGCCAUUUAUUUCUAUAUCGCAACAUUGUUCUGCUCAGUGCACCGUCCUUGUAUCAUUUCUUCGCUAAUACUCAUAAGACUAAAGGUUUUCUACACCGUAGGUGGAGAGAAUCUGGCCAUUGGGGUUGUCUUACAAUGUCGUCUCUGAAUCGGAAGAAUCGCAACAGAUUAAGCCAUGAAUCUCUGCAAUAAAAACUCUACUUCCACCUUAAAUCCUUCUUCCUCUGUAGAACUACUCCUUUUCGUCUGCUACAGAGAAACUGAUAAAGGGAUCGCCUUCAUUCAAACUUCCAUUUGUUAAGGAAAGAAAACCUUUUUCUUUCUCUGUUCUCUUUUGUUUUUCUUUCGUAGCCUGUCCUCCCCCCUCUUCCUCUGGUCCCUUCUGCUUCUGUAACUUGGAAGGUUUUCAUGCUCUGCCUUUGAUGCUGUGUUCAAAGCUGCUGUUCUCUUUUAUAUGAAGUUUCUGGUUUGGGGUUUUGCGAAUGGCAAUCGUAGACAACCCACAUGGUGAGGUUGGAGAGGGAAGCACUCAUCGUUGUUCCGUGGACAGUAGAGAAGGAAGGAGUGAGGGAAGCUUAUGCUUCUCCGAUGCUGAUGACCGGUCGUGGCAUUCACCUCUUGAUUCCACUGUAGGUGGGUCAUACGAUGAAUAUAGGUUCUCUUGCGUCUCCAAUCCCGAGAUUGGGGGUGUUUCAGACCAGCGGAGGAACUCAUGCGUGUCGGAUUGUUCAGUAGAGGUGGAUCUCGAGGCUGGAGGUCCGGAGGUUAAGGUGCAUUUGGCUACUAAAGUGGAGAAGGAUUGUAGGAUUUGUCAUAUGAGCUUGGACACUGUUAAUAACGAAUCUGGGAUUCCUAUCGAAUUGGGUUGUUCAUGCAAGGAAGAUUUAUCUGCGGCGCACAAGCAAUGCGCCGAAACCUGGUUCAAGAUAAAAGGCAACAAGACCUGUGAAAUCUGUGGUGCAACUGCAAGGAAUGUUGUUGGUGUAAAUGAGACCCAGUUUAUGGAGCAAUGGAACGAGACAAACACCACAACGGCCACAACAGGAACAGUAGCUCCUGCUCCUUUUGCAGAGAACCGAAGCUUCUGUCAUGGUCAUCGCUUCCUGAAUUUCCUGCUUGCUUGCAUGGUAUUUGCCUUUGUCAUCUCUUGGCUCUUUCACUUCAACAUGCCAUCAUCGUGAAAUCCUGUAAAUGGGAUUCCGGCAUUCUUUUUCUAUGAUGGAUGAGGAGAGCAACAGUCAUGAAAAGCCUGAAGCUCCAUAGUGUUUCUACCAUGUGAGGGUGGGUACCUUACCUUACCUCCUAUAUACCAAAUAGCCCUUUUGCAUCCCUGAGCAAAGGGGGUUCAUUCAUGUAUUUAUAGGUUUGUACUUUGUCAUUGUUAGCUUAAGCAGGUUGGCCACUUGGCCAGCCAUGGCAUUCAAGAGGACCUAAGUUGUACAUGUACAAUAUAUUAUGGGCUCUGUUCCAUUUGUCUUCAUGAACCCAAUUUAGAGCUGUUUAACAUUA